AUGUCUUACUUGUUCGGCGGUCGUCCCCAGAUCUCUUCCGAAGAGAAGAUAAGACAGGCCGAGUUGGAGGUUGAGAUGGUCACAGACAUGAUGACCCGUCUUACCAACGGCUGUAUCAAGAAGUGCAUUCCAACCGACUACCGUGAAGGCGACCUAAACAAGGGUGAAUCCGUCUGUCUCGAUCGAUGCGUCGGCAAAUACUUCGAAGUGAACAUUAAAAUCUCCGAGAAGAUGCAGCAGCAGCAACAGCAACAGGCAGCUGGAAUGGGUGGUGGUCUCUAG